GUGCGCGUCGCUCAGCCUCUCGUCACUACGGCGGUCGAGAAGCAAAGAAAUGUGGGCACGAGCGGUGUGGGUACGUUUUCGGGCUGCGCCGGAUCGGGGCCGAGGCUUUGCUUCCAAAGCGGGUCCACAGGGAAAGGUCCAGGCGGCGGGGCAGGGGACCGGCACUCCAUCCCUCGCCCCGCAGGGCAGUGGCCGCGUGCCCGCCGAGAAAAUAGAGCAUCUGGAGCGUCUGGCGCUGGUAAACUUCGGCAGCCGCGAGGCGGUGGCCCGGUUGGAGAAAGCCGUCGCCUUCGCUGAGCAGCUGCACGCCGUGGACACCGACGGGGUGGAGCCCCUGGAGUCAGUACUGGAGAACAGAUGUUUGUACCUGAGAUCUGACAAUGUAGCAGAAGGCAAUUGUGCUGAAGAACUCCUACAGAACUCCAGUCACGUUGUGGAGGAGUAUUUUGUGGCCCCCCCAGGUAAUAUUUCUUUGCCAGACAUGGUAAACAGGAUCCCUUCUCCCACAGCAGAGUAGCUAUUCUGGGGUAGGGGAACCCUAUCAAGAUGGUGGACUCACAGGGUGGUCAUUUGCUGCAGUGAAUACUUGUGUAAACUGGACAUUUACGAUUUCUUGGUAACUGUUCUGAGGACAGAACUGGAAAAUAGCCAGCUAACUGAGCACCACAAGCCUGCGUCCAAGGAAGUGGAUCAAGUACUCACAGGCCUGUUCCAUAUGGAAAACAUCAUCCUUCAUCUCCCAAUAAACACUAUCAAAAUGUAUGUAUAUGCCGGGCGGUGGUGGCGCACGCCUUUAAUCCCAGCACUCGGGAGGCAGAGGCAGGCGGAUCUCUGUGAGUUCGAGACCAGCCUGGUCUACAAGAGCUAGUUCCAGGACAGGCUCCAAAACCACAGAGAAACCCUGUUUCGAAAAACCAAAAAAAAAAAAAAAAAAAGUAUGUAUGUGAAUUUUUCUGUUUAUACUUAGGAGAUAGAUUACCCGUGACCAUGUGACAAAAGUUAUUUUUAGUUGCUUUUCCACUGACUUGAGCAGCCAACCAUCUUCAUGUGUUCCUCGGUACUUUAUUCCUACCAGAAGACUCGUUUUAUAGAAAUGUUUGAGUAGUAUCAAAGUAAACUACAGCCUGGGAACUCCUAAUUUAGAACCAUCUUCCUUUCUCAGAAAGUGGCAAUACCCCUUCCCACACUGUGUCUAUGAACACCUGACCCCCACCCCACACUGUCUAUGAACACUGGACCCCCACCCCACGCUGUCUAUGAACACCGGACCCCCACCCCACGCU